UAUGGAACAACCUAUUGCCCUUCGAAAAGCGCAAUCAAAACAAUGAUGGAAACUGUAUCUGAAGAAUUACGUGCAUUAAGUAACGGAAAAUCAUCAGUUAAAUUCACCACUAUUUAUCCGGGCCUAGUACUUACCGGAAUAGUAAAGAAGCCAAAGCUUAGGUUUCCAUGGUUAAUGGAAGAACUUUCACCGCGGCUAGCAGCUUCGUUAAUAAUUGAUGCACAAAGACGAAACUACGAAAAU